GGUAGACCGGGGCCCGGGGUUCGGCAAGUAACACGCUAGGAUAAUCCGAGGGUCCGUCUGUCCGCCUCGGCAGCACUUGCAGAUGCAGAUGCAGAUGCAGAUAGAUGCAGCAACAACACACCACCCGCCGCUCUGCACCCCAGAAAUAACCUCCGCAGCCCCAGCGACACAGGGCGCAGAUCAGCCAUCUGGCGUGGUAGUCGUCCAAGCAGUGCAGGUCGACGAGUGCUUGCCCGAGUAGAGACAAGCAACGGUCCCGGUCGUACGAUCACCAUCGGUUGUUGAGCUGUCGGUCUGGUCAUUUUGCCCUCCCUGUCACCGCCGGGGUGCAAAUUUUGCCUCCCCUCCGCUCCUGUGCUCUUUCAUUUUUGUAUCCCCCCUCGAGGCCAGCCCAAUUGACAAUCGACACACGCCGAGAGCCAGCCCAGCCCAACAUCGACGCGACGCCAGCCAUGGACACGACAAAGGGUCGGGCACCGGACCGGGCCCGGCAGUACCCCGUCAUGACAACAGGCGAGGUCGAGCAGCUCAUCGCAGACGGCAGGACCAUCAUCAUCAUGGACCAACAUGUCCUGAAGGUCGACGCCUGGAUCAAGUACCACCCUGGCGGCGACAAAGCCAUCCAGCACAUGGUCGGGAGAGACGCCACCGACGAGGUCAACGCCCUACACUCCCCCGAGGCGCGGGCCAUGAUGGGCAAGUACAGGAUCGGCCGCAUCGAACACAGAUGGGACAACAUGGUGCCCCCUAUUCAGGGCGGCAUCUUCACGCCCAAGGCACAUGUCAGCGGUCGCUCGAAGGACUCCCCAGCCUCUAGUCAUGCAAGCUCACGAUCCGCCUCGCCCGUGUUUGAUACACACGACAGCAACGGCCGGGUCCUGCGCAGCCGCAAGACCGGUGCUGUCUCCCCCCCGUCGUCCAUGCGGCCCUCGUCCUCGACCUCGGUCACCUCCGCCGACGACGACGACGCCGACGGUAUGAGCCUCCUGGACCGCAGGACCAUGCAGGAGAUCAAGCAGGACCUUGACAUAUACCCGGCCCUGGACCCGGCCACCCAGGACAACAUCGUCGACAAGUACCGCCGGCUGAACGAGAGGAUCAAGGCCGAGGGGCUCUACCAGUGCAACUACUGGGCCUAUGCUAUCGAGUGCUCCCGCUACGCCCUGUUCUUCGGCCUGUUCGUCUUCUUCCUGCGCUGCAGGUGGUGGGUCACGAGCGCGUGGUGGCUGGGCGUCUUCUGGCACCAGCUGGUCUUCUCUGCCCACGAUGCCGGCCACAUGGGCAUCACCCACAACUUCCACGUCGACACCGUCAUCGGCAUCAUCAUAGCCGAUUUCGCCGGCGGCCUGUCCCUGGGCUGGUGGAAGAGGAACCACAACGUGCACCACAUCGUGACCAACUCCCCAGAGCACGACCCGGACAUCGAGCACAUGCCCUUCUUUGCCAUCUCCCACCGCUUCCUGCAGAGCCUGCGCUCCACCUACUACGAGCGCGUCAUGACCUAUGAUGCCUUUGCCAAGGUCUUGCUCAGGUUCCAGCACUACUCGUACUACCCGAUCCUGCUCUUUGGCCGCUUCAACCUCUACCGCCUGUCGUGGGAGUACCUCCUCGGCGCGCAGGCCCCGCGCAGGGGCCCGGCCUGGUGGCACCGCUGGCUCGAGCUGGCCGGCCAGGCCUUCUUCUGGUACUGGUUUGGCUACAUCGUGCUCUACAGGUCCAUCGACUCGGGCUGGGCCCGCCUCGCCUUCGUCAUGGUCAGCCACAUGGUGACCAUGCCUCUGCACGUGCAGAUCACCCUGUCCCACUUCGCCAUGAGCACCGCGGAGCUGGGCCCGGCCGAGUCGUUCCCGCAGAAGAUGCUGCGCACCACCAUGGACGUGGACUGCCCCCUCUGGCUCGACUUCUUCCACGGCGGGCUCCAGUUCCAGGCCAUCCACCACCUCUACCCGCGCAUCCCGAGGCACAACCUGCGCAGGACGCAGAGGCUGGUGCAGGGCUUCUGCGAGGACGUGGGGAUCCCGUACGCCCUGUACGGCUUCGUCGGCGGCAACAAGAAGGUCAUUGGCCGCCUGGCCGACGUGAGCAGGCAGGCCGCCAUCUUGGCCAAGUGCCAGCAGGUCCUGGCCGAGAGCGGCGACCCCCUGCACCACCACUGAUGUGGUACAUCAGACCGUAUCGAGAUGAUCUCACCCUGGUCCGGUGAGCUCAUCACGUCGUGCCAUUUGUAGUGGGACUCGG